UCUUUGCUUUAGUGAAAGUGAAACUCUAGAGACAUUAACUGUGAAAUGGCGCAGCAAGGAAAUCAAGCAGACAGAGUGAAAUUCUGUUGUUCCAUCUGUCUGGAUUUACUGAAGGAUCCAGUGACUAUUCCCUGUGGACACAACUACUGCAUGAACUGUAUUAAAACUUUCUGGGAUGGAGAAGAGCAGAAAAUCCACAGCUGUCCUCAGUGCAGAAAGACUUUCAAACCGAGGCCUGAACUAGGUAAAAACACCAUGUUAGCAGAGUUAGUGGAGGAGCUGAAGAAGACCGGACUGGGAGCUGCUCCUGAUGAUCACUGCUAUGCCGGACCUGAAGAUGUGGCCUGUGAUUUCUGCGCUGGGACGAAGCUGAAAGCCCUCAAAUCCUGUCUGGUGUGUCUGGCCUCUUACUGUGAGCAACACCUUCAGCCUCACUAUGAUUCUCCUGCUUUUAAAAAACACAACCUGGUCGACGCUUCUGCUAAACUUCAGGAGACCGUCUGCUCUCUUCACAAUGAAGUGAUGAAGAUUUUCUGCCGCACUGAUCAACAGUGUAUCUGUAUUCUCUGCUCCAUGGAUGAACAUAAAGGCCACGACACAAUCUCCGCUGCAGCAGAAAGGACUGAGAAGCAGAAGGAGCUCAGCAUAAGUCAGCAAAAUAUUCACCAAAGAAUUCAGGACAGACAGAAAGAUAUGAAGGAGCUUCAACAGGAGGUGGAGACCAUCAAUCAAUCAGCUGAUAAAGCAGUGGAGGACAGUGAGAAGAUCUUCACUGAGUUGAUCCGUCUCAUUCAGAAAAGAAGCUCAGAUGUGAAGCAGCAGAUCAGAUCCCAGCAGGAAACUGAAGUGAAUCACGUCAAGGAUAUUCAGGAGAAGCUGGAAAAGGAGAUCACUGAGCUGAAGAAGAAAGACACUGAACUGGAGAAGCUCUCAUGCACAGAGGAUCACACCCAGUUUCUUAAGAAAUACCCCUCGAUGUCAGAUGUUUGUGGAUCUGCAGACUCUCCCAGAAGCAACAUCAAUCGCUUGUGGUACUUUAAGGAUGUGAUGGCAGAUGUUACAGCAGCCAGAGAUAAAAUGCAGGUCAUUCUUAGUGAGAAAUGGCAACAAGCAGAUCCGAAGACCAGAGCAGAGUUCUUACAGUGUUCAUGUCAGAUCACACUGGAUAAAAACACAGCACACACUCUUCUGAUGUUAUUAGACAGGAACAGAAAGAUAACAUAUAAUAUAUUUAAACAAACUGUUCGAGUUUCAGAAAUAUUGAGUGCAUAUCAGGUUCUGAGUAAAGAUGGACUGACUGGACGUUGUUACUGGGAGGUGGAGAGGAGCGGGACUGUUGACGUAGCAGUCGCAUACAAGGAUAAUGGCAGAAAACUUACAGAUGCAUUUGGAUACAAUGAUAAGUCUUGGGCUUUACGAUGUGACACUGGAUACACAUUCACACAUAACAAGAUCUCAGUAGCCAUCUCAGGCCCUCAGUCCUCAAGAAUAGGAGUCUACCUGGAUCACAGUGCAGGUGUUCUGUCCUUCUACAGCAUCUCUGAUACGAUGACUCUCCUCCACAGAGUCCAGACCACAUUCACUCAGCCUCUCUAUGCUGGACUCAGGCUUUUCUCUGAUGAUGACACUGCUGAGUUUAGUGAGUUGAAGUAGACAGAGUAGAAUAAGGAUAGUUAAUGUUUACACCUGAUUUGACCAUUGUACUACAAACUGUGGUCCUGACUUACUAUGACAGAGAAAGUUGUUUUCCAUUACAUUUUUCACAAUGGCUGAGAAUUACUACACUUUCAAUGUUACUGCUCUUAAUA